AUGAUGGAAUCGAAAGAAAAUAAUAAUAUCAAUUAUCUUAAGCCCCCUCCUAAGAAUAGCAAAAAAAAUAGUUCAAAGAGGCCAAGAGAUUUCUGCACGGGACCCAUGGCUGAUUAUAGUGACUACAAUCUGAACCCUAAUUCCAAUUCUAAUUCUAAUCAUAACUCCAACGCCAAUUCCAAGUACAGUUCUAAUCAGACUUCGUCACGGACAAUAUCGCCGUCUCCAUCCAGAUCAUUAUUCCAUCAAAUAUCUCAAUCAAAUUCAAAUUCCCACUCGCAUUCGAACUCAAAUACACAACUUUCUUCUGCCAGUGAUAAUAAGAAAAUUCUUCAAGUUAAUUCAUCUUCUGGAGCAUCUACAUCUUCAUUACCACUACAUUCAAAUCAAGAACACUCAUCACAGUCACCGCUGCAAGAACAACAUAACCUAUUCAAAAGAUCUACCACUCCAUUAUCAUCAAUCAUAAAACCAUCCAAAAAUAAAACUCUGAUAGAUGAUGACAUGGAUAUUGAUGUUGAUGGCCUUGAUAUUGAUGAUCUUGAUAUUAAUAAUGAAAACUCAAGCCAGAAACGAAAGUUGAAAGAAAAAGAAAAAGAAAAAGAAAAACAGAGACAAAAAGCAGUAACGAAAAUUGAUACUAUUCCUAACACUAAUAAUAAUAAUGACAAUGAAAAUAAAUAUGAAUAUGAUAAUGAAAAUGAAGAAAAGGAAAGUGAUAAUGGAGAUGAAAAACUCGACAAUAACGAUAAUACUAAUGAUCUUAUCAAUUGGAACAUUUUACCUAAAAUGGGGGAUACUCAUUUAAAGAAAAAUAAAAAUAAUUAUCAUAGGAUUAAAUUGAAAAUUAAGAACAAAAAUAAUGAAGAACAAGAAAAAGUAAUUAGCUACGAUCCAACAUAUAAUAAGAGAUUAUCUGAAAUGGAUUUAUUUUUCUCAUUUAACUCUACCUCGAAACCCUCGGAUUCUCUAUUUAAUGCAAAGAAAAGAUUAUUGUCCUAUGUGGAAUUCUUAACAGGGUAUUUAACUAUAAGGAAAUCCUUCUUACAAAAACAAUCUUCCUCUUCAAAACCCAACUUCUCAUUAGAUCUCGAUAUAAUCUCAUCUAUUGAAACUGAAUUAAAAAGAUAUGUAGAAUAUAAUCCAAAAUAUGAUUAUUCAGAAAUUGAAGGCUUAUUAGAAUUAUGGGCCAUUCAAAGCCAAAAAUUCCUUUUGCAAUCAAACUCUUUAAUUUUUUCAAAUGAUGUCAUUCAAUAUUUAUUGAAAAGGAAAUCAUCAAUAAGACAAAAUCAAGGAAAGUUACAACAACAACAACAACAGCAACAACGAGAAUUUGAAACCAUCACAUUUUCAAGUAAUAGUAACAUUGGUUACGAAAAUAAAGAUAUAAAUAAUAAUAAUAGAGAUUCACAAUUAAUGUAUCGUCCAACUGAUAUCGAUAUUUUAUUAUUAAGACCAAAAUUAGAAACAUCAUUGGGUUGGCAAAUUGCAUUGGAUGAACCAACUUUGAAUAUUGCCGAUUUCGAAUUAGAUAUCUCUCCUUGGUCCGAAGCUGGUACUUCAAACAAUACUAGUAAUUUAAAAGCCGAGAAAAAUGUUAAGAAACAAUUGGAAUCAGAAUUUAACGAUCGUUUUAUACAACCUGAUGCGAACACAGACAAAAGUGGACCUUCAUUUAAAGAUUCCCAAACCGUUAAGAUCGUUGAUGGUGAAGACGAAUUUAGAGAAUUAAAUGAUGAAACAGCACCUAACUAUAUAUUAGAUUGUAUGGAUAGACACAUUUUUUCAAGAUCAUCAAGAACAUCUACUGCAAUAAACACUACAACAACCACCUCAAGGGAGGAAACGCCGGAACAACAACAGCAAUCUAAAAAUCCAAAGAAAAAGAAAAAACCUGCUCCUGUAAAAAAUACUAGAAAAUCAGGUAUUGUAAAUUUCUUUAAAAGGAAACAUUCUCAAUUACCGAAUCCAUUGAAUAAUGGUAAUAAUAUUUCAUCUACUACAAAUCCACUACCACAGCCUUCUUCAACUGCUGUAUCAACAACAACUCAUUCCAUUAAUUCUGAUAGAUCCAUAUCCAUUAUUGAUCAAAAUCAACAUACUGAAAAUGUUUGGCUUGAAGACUAUUUCUGUAAACUACUAAGUAAUUAUAGGAGAAUCGCAUUACCAACUCAAUACAUCUUACCAACUACUGGUAAAACUUCAACAUCUUCCACACCUUCAUUGAAUUCAAAUAAUUCUUCAGAUUCGGUAGGAUCGGAUGAUAACAGUAAUAAAAACAAUCCUUAUUCUCAGGAAUCCACAGUCAGUAGUACUAUUACAGAAUCAAAACCUACAAAGAAAACAGCAAUGUUAUAUGGUAAAGAAUUUUUAAAGAUAAGAUUACCAUUCAAAUCAAAUUCUAUCCCAUCUAUUUUUUGUCCAUGGAUUUGGACAGAUUUGACAUAUACGAAAUGGAGAGCCAUGUUAAGAGAAAUAUAUAGAUGUUUAAUUCCUGGUGGUUAUUUAAUAGCAAUCAUUCCUGAUAUGAAAAUUUCAAAUUCCAAUACAAAAGAUGCUUCGACUAAUUUUCCCACAAGCAAUAAUAAACAACAACAACAAAAUAAUAACAGUAACCAACCCAUUUUCGAAACUACUUUAGAAAGAGAUAAAGUCUUUGAUGCAAUGUCAUUGGAGGCAAUUAACAAAGGUUUACACAUUCAUCCGACGAAACAUAUGGCUAGAAGCUUCAAAGAAGUUGGCUAUACCUCUAUAAAAUCCACUGUGCUAAGCUUGAAAACAGGUGAUCUUUCAGAUGAUAUGGGCUGUCUUAAUGAAUUUAAUUUCCUCUUGAAUUGGGACUUAACAUCCCGUAAACAAUUACCGGCUACAAGUCACUCGCCUAAGAAUAGUGAUCCUGCAUCGUUAUUUGAUAGAUACGUUAAAGAACAUUGGGGUAAAAUCGAUAGCAACGCAGGUUCUUUUAGAACCCUUUAUAUAGUUGGUCAAAAGCCUAAACGACAAAAUUAUAAGUAG